GCAUGUAUUCAUAGCGCUUUCACAAAUGAUUCAUCGCGCGAUUCAUCCUGAGAAAGAAACAUCAGAUAUUCAAAGAACUUUUGGGAUAAUUUAGUCCCGUUAGGUUUCUAUUUUAUUUCCAAUUUCUGCUUGUAACUGUUAUUUGGAAUAUUUAACACUUAUUAUUUAACUUUUAUAAUUCAAAAAGCAAUUAACAAUAUUUGUAGUAGUCGUAAUAUGAAUUAUAAUAUUAUUGCUAGUUAAUGAUAUUAACAAUAAUAUUUAACUUAACCCACUGUAAAUGAAUGACAGGCAGAUGGUUUGAUUGACAGAGAAAGGGCGGGGUCCUGUUGUCAUCAUCUGUGUUUUUAACUGAUAUCUGACAGAUAUUGUUGAUAUUUUAUUUGCAAAUAUUUUUGGUAAAUCGUGUAUAUAUUUGAUAAAGUCGCGCUUUACAGAUAGAUUUUCAGAUGAAUCAUUUGAAUCUGUUCGACUGAAUCGUUCAGAUGGCUCGAGCAUCAGUGAAACGAGAGUGAGUGAGGGAGCGCAGAUUGAGAUCAGAUUUGAGAGGUGUCACUGUUAUAAUGAAGAUCAGACGCGUUUCUUCAAAUUAAUUCUCUUUCUGGACUCAUUCUGCUGAUGAAUCGGGCGGGAAAAACACUCGUGUAUACUUCAGAGAGCUGAUGAGAGAAACUUUAACGCAUUGAAUCUUCAUCACGAUCCGUUUUUCUCCCAUAAGUUUAUCGGGUUUUGUCUGAAUAUCGUUGCUAAGAUGUUCUCUUUAUACUCUCUUGUCAUUUUUAUCUCGGGCUGGUACUCGUGUGCACGUGCGCUGAAGGUGAGUGUUGGUGCGGUUCUGUUGGAACGAGGUUCUGUUUGGUCUUUAGCAGUCAGUCGGUGUGACUCCAGACUCCGUGAUAACGUGACUGUACAGAUGCCUCCCAACAUCUCAGGUCAUUGGGUGUCCAACAGUUGUGAGGUGAGACCUGGCCCAGAAUUCCUCACUCGCUCCUACCGCUUCUACUCCAAUCACACCUUCCAGGCUCUCCAGUUCUACUACCAGGACAACCACUGCACUCAGCCCAGAUACACGCUCCUGAUCCAGGGCGGCAUCCGGACGCUACAGGCCUCGUGGGUCGUCCGGGGGGGCACCGAGUCCGAAUACCACCUGAGCCUCGUUCAGCUGCUGUGUCACGGCCCGGCGGCAGAGCUGCGGCGGCGUCUAGAGACGGCCUGCGACCUGCGGCGGCCUUUGCUGCCGGGUCAGACUUACGAGUUGUGGGACGAGCGGUGGGCGUCGUCGGGUCGUGACUGCACCCGUGGCUUAGACUUCAGCAUGCGUGAACUGCAGCUCGUGCGGCUAGAGAGGCGGCAUCACCAUGGCGACCCCGGCCGACAGUCAGAGGAGCUGUUUCUGGGAGAUGUUCACACUGAGCGCGCUCAUAGGAGACUCCACCGACCCUCGGGCUACCAGACCCCCCUACAGAACAUCAAGACCGAUGGCCGUCACUGCAGAAUUUGUCGAAUUAUCGCUUCGGCCGAUCUUCAUCAUCCUCCUGUCUUGCCGUCCCAGAAGAUCCGUCCAGUACGUCUCCAUGGAAACUGGGUGAGCACACGAUGUGAAGUUCGCCCGGGCGUCCUCUUCCUCACCCGAUAUCUGACGUUCCACGAGGACAGCGGCACGUGGGAAGGACGUUAUGACCAUUUCUCUGACCCCACCUGCAGACACCCGACCUUCAGUAUCACAGCCAGCGGACGCUACAGUAGAGGACCUCCUUCAUCCACGGUCAUGGGCGGUGUAGAGUUCACCUUCACAGUGACACACAUGAAGGUGACGCCGAUGGACGUGGCCACCACAUCACUGCUGAACGUCUUCAGUGGGCACGAAUGUGGCACGGGCGGCCCCUGGAAGCUGGCCGUCCAACAGGACGUGACGUCGACGGCCGGUUGUGCCGCGCUGGGAAUCCGGCUGCCUCAUACGGAGUACGAGCUGUUCGGCAUGGGUCAAGACUCCGACGGACACGAUCUCCUCUACAACGGCCAGAGGCCGACCAACGGCUCCAGUCCGGAUCGACCCCACAGACGUGCCACGUCCUACCAGCCGCCUCUGAUCCGCUGCAUCGCCGGCCGGAAGGGGGAGCCACAAUGGGGGAAAGAGGGAGGUCAAGAUUUCAGACUCAGUCACAAUGGAUGCCACAUCCUCCGAGGUUUAUUUAAUCUCGUUGCAUUGAGCGUACUUAUCAAAUUCAUGUAGCAGGUAUGAACUUACAAGAUUUUUGGAUCCGACCGUUUAUUUGCACUACUUGAGGAUACAUUUAAAGACUCGUCUGUCUCAUUCCGAUUAGAAACGCGAGCUGACAAAUCUUUGUGUGACAGAUUUAAAACCGGAUCUGCAGCAUUCUGUGUGUUUUUAAAUGUCGGUUGAAGAUGGUUGUGGGUUGACACAUGCAUGCACACUAAUACAGUCCAGUGAUAAUCUCCUCUUUAUUGUAUAAAGAUCAUUAUUAACACAUUUAAAAUAAUCAGCCGGUAACAUCUAAACACUGUAAAUAUUCAAGGUCUGAAUGGAAGCUCAUCUCCUGUUUGCCCAGACUUAACAAUAUCAAGUGUGAAAACUAUUUUUCAGCGAGAAAUGUGUCGGUCUAAACUAGGGUUGCAAAAUUGCAGGGAUUUUCAAGGAAAUUAACUGGGAAUAUAGUUGCCAAUAACAGGGAACUUACAUGUACCUUCUUGCAGCAUACAUUUGUUUAAACCAGCAGCCAUAUCACCCUGUAGCCCAAGACUGGUUGCCAACUGAAGCUAAGUAGGGUUGAGCUUGGUCAGUAAUUGGAUGGGAGACCAUAAUGGGAAACCUAGUUUGCUGCUGGUAGAGGUGCUAGUGAGAACCUUUGGUCCUAACACCCCAGUAUAGUAAUGGAGACACUAUAAUGUCAUAAAGCACCGUCCUUCAGAUGAGAUGUUAAACUGAGGUCCUGACUCUCUGUGGUCAUUAUAAAAAUCCCAGAAUGUCAUUUGAUAAGGAAUAGGGGUGCCCAUUGGCCUACUAAUCAUCCCCUCAUACACUGAUUGGCUAUAUCACUCGAUCUCCUCUCCACUUAUAAGCUGGGGUGUGGUGGGCGUUCUGGAGCAAUAUGGCUGCUGUUGUAUCAUCCAGGUGAAUGCUGGACAUUGGUGAUGUCAAGAACUCAUAAAAAUUGUAUGACUUUGCAUGCAUGUCUUCUUAUGACCAAACUAAAUGUUUAUUUAUGUUUGUAUAUGAUAUAGUUUAUAUACAUUUCAAAAAUAAUUCCCAUUACAUUUCCAAUUGGGAAUAUUUCCAAAAUUCCCAAGAUUUAAUUUCCAUGUAAAGUUUCCAGAAAUUAACUGGAAAAUGUCCACCCCUUUGCAACCCUAGUCUAAACUCCCAGACAGUAUUUUCAGGGUGUUGAGGUUCAUGUUUCUUGUAUCUACAGUAGCAGCUUUGCAUUCGCUUGAGUUUGUGCAGCAUGUUUUGUUCAAUGUGUUUGUGAAGUGGCAUAUUUACCAUAGAAGACGUGUUUAACAAGCAUUUGGAAGAAAAUGCUUCCAAAAUCAGCCGGUUUCAGACAGAGACGAGACAGAUUCAUGAGUGUUAAAGAGGUUUUAUUUAAGCAAUGUUAAAUACCACAGGACUGUAAAGCUGAUCUUUAUUCAGUCAAGUUGCCUCACAAUUGAGUAAUAUAUGAUUUGCAUAAAGAAAAACUCAAUGUAAUGAUUGAAAUCGGCAUUGGUGUCAUUGGAGAUGGUGAGGAAAAAACAUGGACACACGAGGCACAUUUUUCCAGCAGACUUCAUCACAUUCAGGAAAUCAAUGUGAAAUUCAGUGUCUGAAUUCGUCAUCAUCCAGCAACAAGCAGCAAAGACGAUUAAUUAAUUUAUUUUUAUUAUGAAUCUGCAUUUCCCAUUUUUUUUUUGUCAAAAGAAUCAAAAGAACAUGUACAUGACACUUAAAACAUUCCAUUAAACUCUUAAUAAAACCACA